AUGUUGUCCGAUCAGCAGCUCAAUGGCACCCCUGCGAACACUCCUGGCGCGACGUCGGGGCUCCCGACGCAGCCGCCGCCUGCUGGGACGGUUUCGCAGCCAGCCGCGGAGCUCGCCAUUGCCUUGACACAGGUCCUCGAAGGUGACGCUGCUCAACGUUCCAAGUCAGAUACCCGUGUGCAGCAGACAAUCGGUCGCUUGAAGGAGCUGAUUGCAACAUCGUUUCCGUCCUCAUCGAACAGCUUCCACGAGCAGCUGGAGCAGUCCGAGAUUUACAAGAAGCUGAAGGCAUCUCUGGCCUCGGUGUCCGACACGGUCCAGACCCAAGGCCAUACACCUUGGUGGAGCCAGCAGGUGAACCUGGCGACCCACACGAAGGCGUCCAUCCAGUUCGCGGACUGGUGGCGCGAGGUGGCCAAGACCAAGGGCUUGCCUCAGUGGCGUACUGAACUCCAGCACUUGGGCUGCUCCGCGGGUGACGUUAACGCGAUCAACCACGCGUUGACGAUCGGCGAGAUAAUCUUCGCGUGGCUCCUGGAGGAAGGCACUUGGCACGAGAGCGACCUUCAGAACAUUGUGAUCCAGUGA